UCUCAUCAACACCUGGGGUCAAGAUCACCUGAAGACUCCCAGUACACUGUAAUAGGCUCUGUCAUGUCUUUUCGAAGAUUGUCAAAAUUACCCUUGGAUCAGGAAAUUAAGGAAAGAAUAGCAAGAUCACCCUUAAAAACAGUAAAAGAUGUCCUCUCCCUGUCUCCAUUGCAAGUAAUGACACUGCUUCACAUGAGUGCUGAUGAAUGUAAAGCCUUUAUGGACAAGCUCUUUGAUGUUUGUGUCCCUCAACAUGUUACUGCAUUUGAUCUGAGUGAAGAGGAGAAAAACGGCAGCUACUGGCUGGGAAAUCAUGCUUUAGACACUAUGCUACACGGUGGCCUACAUGCAGGCUCCAUCACAGAAUUUGCAGAGAGCCCAUCACUGGAAUCUCUUGAAGUUAUUGCUGUGGAGAAAGAUGUUGGUAUGCUGAUUGUUGAUUCCAUAGCAUCAUUAGCACGCAAGGAGAUACCAGCUACAUCCUCAUAUUCUAACAUAGCAAGGACCAACCAACUAGCUUCGUGGGCAGCUAAAUUGAAGUGUAUUGCCCAGCAGCUCAAUAUCUGUGUUGUGGUCACCAACCAGGUAACAUCACGUUUUGCUCCAGAGGAACCUUUCAUCACAGAAGAGAUACAAGCUGUUGAUGUUGAAGAUGGUGAAUUACAUCCAGGCUGGAGUGACAAAACAUUUUCUCAUCAUGUGACCCCAGCUUUAGGAAACACCUGGACACACUGUGUCAAUACUCGCUUCAUUUUGCAGUACACCGAUUCAAAAUCCAGACAGUUAGCUGUUGAUAGUGUUUCUGAGACUUUUAUUUGUGAAAAAGCAAAACAUCUGCACUCCGAUCUCUUGAAGAACACUCCUGGAAUGAAUGCUGAUACAGAGCACGAUAGUUUUUACUCUUACUCGGGUUCUGAUCCAGGUCUUCAUAAAAUUAAAGUUCAACAAGGUAUUGUUAUUUAAAUAUUGCAUUGUUUUCUAAGGUGCAUUACAGUUCUGUGUAUUUCAGCAGUAUAGGUAUGCCACUUAAAACAGUCUACUGCAUUUUACUAAUAUAGUGGUGCGUCGAGGUAUAUGUGGAGACAAAAAACGUUAUCUAUGGAGGCAAAGAAGGGAAUGUAUGAAAGUAUAGUAGUACCAACACUCUUAUAUGGGUGUGAAGCUUGGGUUGUGAAUGCAGCAGCGAGGAGGCGGUUGGAGGCAAUGGAGAUGUCCUGUCUAAGGGCAAUGUGUAGUGUAAAUAUUAUGCAGAAAAUUCAGAGUGUGGAAAUUAGGAGAAGGUGUGGAGUAAUAAAAGUAUUAGAGGGCUGAAGAGGGGUUGUUGAGGUGGUUUGGUCAUUUAGAGAGAAUGGAUCAAAGUAGAAUGACAUGGAGAGCGUAUAAAUCUGUAGGGAAGGAAGGUGGUGUAGGGGGUCGUCCUCGAAAAGGUUGGAAGGAAAGGGUAAGGGAGGUUUUGUGGGCGAGGGGCUUGGACUUCCAGCAGACAUGCAUGAGCGUGUUCGAUAGGAGUGAAUGGAGACGAAUGGUAUUUGGGACCUGACGAUCUAUUGGAGUGUGAGCAGGGUAAUAUUUAGUGAAGGGAUUCAGGGAAACCGGUUAUUUUCAUAUAGUCGGACUUGAGUCCUGGAAAUGGGAAGUACAAUGCCUGCACUUUAAAGGAGGGGUUUGGGAUAUUGGCAGUUUGGAGGGAUGUGUUGUGUAUCUUUAUACGUAUAUGCUUCUAAACUGUUGUAUUCUGAGCACCUCUGCAAAAACAGUGAUAAUGUGUGAGUGUGGUGAAAGUGUUGAAUGAUGAUGAAAGUAUUUUCUUUUUGGGGAUUUUCUUUCUUUUUUGGGUCACCCUGCCUCGGUGGGAGACGGCCGACGUGUUAAAAAAAAAAAUUCAGGGAAACCGGUUAUUUUUGUAUAGCCGGACUUGAGUCCUGGAAAUGGGAAGUACAAUGCCUGCACUCUAAAGGAGGGGUUCGGGAUAUUAGCAGUUUGGAGGGAUAUGUUGUGUAUCUUUAUACAUAUAUGCUUCUAAACUGUUGUAUUUUGGGCACCUCUGCAAAAACAGUGAUUAUGUGUGAGUGAGGUGAAAGUGUUGAAUAAUGAUGAAAGUAUUUUCUUUUUGGGGAUUUUCCUUCUUUUUGGGUCACCCUGCCUCGGUGGGAGAUGGCCGACUUUUAAAAAAAAAAAAAAAACGUUAGCAAACAUUAAUAACCUUCAAAGAGGGUGAAAAAAUAUAAAUGGCAUAUUGCAAAAUCUUCUUCUUUCAACAAACCGGCCGUAUCCCACCAAGGCAGGGUGGCCCAAAAGGAAAAACUGAAGUUUCUUCUUUUAGAUUUAAUAAUAUAUACAAGAGAAGGGGUUACUAGCCUCUUGCUCCUGGCAUUUUAGUCGCCUCUUACAACACGCAUGGCCUACGGAGGAAGAAUUCUGUUCCAGUUCCCCCAUGGAGAUAUUGCAAAAUAUUAUUUUUAAAUUUACAACAAUUUUUAAUUCUUGGAAUAUAUAAAGAUACAUUUUUCUUCUAAAUGGCAUUUGAAUUACAAUAUUUGCCAAUCACAUUUUCAAGGCUAAUGUAAAAAUCUGAUUGGUAAUAAUAGUUAGGGUUUCUCUCUUUGGUUGACUAUAUCCGAAGAUUCUGUGAAUUUGCUUACCCUUAAAGAUAAAACGACUGAAGCAGUUGCAAGCGUAUUCAGGGAAAGGAUUAUUUGUCAUACUACCAAGUCAAUUGAAUCUGAUAAUGGGGUGAAUUUUGCAGUGAAAUUCUAGUUAGGUUGAUUGAACAGUUCGUACACAAUUAAUCUACAAUAACAGCUCAUCAUCCAGCUGAUAAUGGAUUAGUAGAGCAUACAGUAAACUUUUACUUAUUUUAAGAGUCACUAUAAAUCCUGAGUUUUACAAGGGGUGAACCUAUACCAAAUGUACUAUAAAUUUCUCAUUUGAUGUUUCAGUCAGUGAAACACCUUAUUUUGUUUUCUGUAAAGUUGAUAGAAGACUUUCUUAUGAUUUGCUUUAUUUGCCACCAUUACCAAAUCACAAUGAUUCUGUUAUGAUUAAAACCUGUAAUGAGUAGUUAGUCUUUGGAUGUGUUAAGGGAACUUUAGAAAAGGCUAGAGCUGAAUUCACAAAAAUGAGAAAUUCUCAUGCAGAACCAAUAACAUCAAAGUAAGCUCUAAGAUAAUGUUAAUUAUAGAAACAAAAAUUCAGCUAUGCCUAAACUUGACAAAAAAUUUAUUGGUUCAUGUUAUUGUGUACAGAUUUAAAGGUGAUGUAUAAUUAGCCAAUAGACAAUGUAAAGACACAUCUCAAGCAGAUGGAGUUAUUUCUAAUGAUGAAUUCCAAGAUAAUAAUGUAUCCAAUGAUGUACAGUGUAUUACUUUGUACUGCUGAUCAGAGUAAUGUUCAUGCUAGUGCACAUUCGUGUGGUUUAAGAGUGAAAAAUUUUUAUUAUGUACCUGAACUUGGUGUAAAUAGACAUUAUUUGUAAAAUUGUGUGAAAUUUUGUAUUUUCUUUCUGAGAAUAAUUUGUUACCAAAUACAGUGGACCCCCGGAUAUCGGUCAGUGCGGAUAUCGGCCAAAUCGGAUUUCAGCCGCUUUUUUGGCCGAAAUUCUAUCCUGGAUUUCGGCCAGCAACUCGGAAAUUGGCCAUAUUGGAUGCAUCCGCCUGCCACGCCGCAUGCAAUAGUCAGUCUGGCUGUGUCUCUCGGUGAGUGACCAACACUCCGCGCAUUCAUCCAAACAUUUCGUCGUAAUCCAUUGUUUUUUGUGGUUGUUUAUUGAGUGUGACUGUGAAAUAAGCCACCAUGGGCCCAAAGAAAGUUCCUAGUGCCAGACCUUUGGUAAAGAAAGUGAGAAACAUAAUAGAAUUCAGUGACAAAACCUUGUCCCACUUCAGGAAAAUUUUAAUGAGAUGCCAGAAACAGACCUCUCUAGACAGUUUUUUUGUGUGACAGGGGUGCAGUGAUUCUCAAGCUGGUCCUAGUGCCAGUAAAAGACAAAGAAGGGAAGUAACCCCAGAUAGGGACUUGAUACCUGAAGUCCUUAUGGAGGGGAUUCCCCUUCCAAACAAUAAUCAGUCCUCCCUGUCUUCCAUAUGCCAACAAGAAUCUUCAAUAAAGGUAAAUGUCAUGUUAAAUGUUCAUUUAUCCAUUUCAUUAGACAUUUUAUUUAGUUCUCAUUAUUUUGUGUAUGUAAAACUAUAGUUAAUCUUUAAAAAAUGUAUUUUUUGUUAAUAUUUCUGGGUAUCUGGAAUGGAUAAAUU